GCCGCCGCGGAACCGGAGGGACGCCGCACCGGACAGCCGUCGCCCCGGGCUCCCCGCAGCUGCCCGGACCUCCCCCUGCACGUCCUGGUCCCGCCGCCCGCCCCCGCUGCGGCCCCCUCGCCCGUCUCCCGCCCCUCGAAACCACAGAUCAUCUUCAGAUUCUUCCCCAGAAGCUUCAAGUAGGGAUAUGUCCUCAGCACCAACUACUCCUCCAUCAGUGGAUAAAGUAGACGGAUUUUCUCGGAAGUCCGUCAGAAAAGCCAGACAGAAGAGGUCGCAAAGUUCCUCACAAUUUAGGUCUCAAGGCAAGCCUAUAGAGUUAACACCUCUGCCGCUGCUAAAAGACGUUCCAUCCUCAGAGCAGCCUGAACUGUUCCUAAAGAAACUUCAGCAGUGCUGUGUCAUUUUUGACUUCAUGGACACGCUAUCUGAUCUUAAAAUGAAAGAAUACAAGCGCUCCACUCUUAAUGAACUGGUGGACUACAUUACAAUAAGCAGAGGCUGUUUGACAGAGCAGACUUACCCUGAAGUAGUUAGAAUGGUAUCUUGCAAUAUAUUCAGAACUCUCCCUCCUAGUGACAGCAACGAAUUUGAUCCAGAAGAAGAUGAACCUACCCUUGAGGCAUCAUGGCCACACUUACAGCUUGUAUAUGAAUUUUUCAUACGAUUUUUGGAAAGCCAAGAAUUCCAACCCAGCAUUGCCAAAAAAUACAUAGAUCAGAAAUUUGUAUUACAGCUUUUGGAGCUAUUUGACAGUGAAGACCCUCGGGAACGGGACUACUUAAAAACAGUCUUACACAGAAUUUAUGGCAAGUUUCUUGGUCUUAGAGCAUUUAUCCGAAAACAGAUUAACAAUAUUUUUCUAAGGUUUGUGUAUGAAACAGAACACUUCAAUGGUGUAGCUGAACUGCUGGAAAUAUUAGGAAGUAUUAUCAAUGGCUUUGCUUUACCUCUUAAGGCAGAACACAAACAGUUUCUGGUGAAAGUGUUGAUCCCUUUACACACUGUCAGGAGCUUAUCACUCUUCCAUGCCCAGCUGGCAUAUUGUAUAGUACAAUUUCUGGAGAAAGAUCCUUCACUCACAGAACCUGUUAUUAGGGGAUUAAUGAAAUUUUGGCCUAAAACGUGUAGUCAAAAAGAGGUCAUGUUCCUUGGGGAGCUGGAAGAAAUAUUGGAUGUGAUUGAACCUUCACAAUUUGUUAAAAUUCAAGAACCUUUGUUUAAACAAAUUGCCAAGUGUGUAUCUAGUCCCCAUUUUCAGGUGGCAGAAAGGGCACUCUAUUAUUGGAAUAAUGAAUACAUCAUGAGUUUGAUAGAAGAAAACUCUAAUGUCAUCCUUCCCAUCAUGUUUUCCAGUCUUUAUAGGAUUUCGAAAGAACAUUGGAAUCCGGCGAUAGUGGCGUUAGUGUACAAUGUGUUGAAGGCAUUUAUGGAAAUGAACAGCACCAUGUUUGACGAGCUGACAGCCACAUACAAGUCAGAUCGUCAGCGUGAGAAAAAGAAAGAAAAGGAGCGUGAAGAAUUGUGGAAAAAAUUGGAGGAUCUGGAGUUAAAGAGAGGUCUUAGACGUGAUGGGAUAAUUCCAACUUAACAAAAAUAAUGACAACACCAUUACUAACCUGUGGAGUCACACAUUUAUGUAGUAGAAGAUGGAGCAACAGUUUUCUGUAUUGUGCAACUUUACAGUAGAUUUCACAUUUGUUUCAUUAUUACAACAGCACUGUAUAUACCUGUCUCUAAGUAAAGGAAAAAAUAAGGACUUCAAUCCAAAGUUUGGACAGUAGAUGGACUUCUCAGAACUUUGCAAACAUAAUCAUUGUUCUAACCCUCUUUUAAAAAAGCGGUCUUCAGAGAUCUGUGAUGAAAUUGCUGUGUUAAAAUUCCAUUAUUGGGAGUUCCUUAUUUAUCACUAGCAGAGAGUCUGAUACAAUUUUCAAAUGUGAACAAUCUUAAAUUUAGCUUGUCUUUCUGCUAAGCUGUUAAAUGUAUUUAUAGUAAAGGAAGAAAAAAAGACUGUCAUUUCCUUAUAAGUUUGUAUAACAUCCUCCUCUGGAUAACUUGACUGUAAUUUGACAUCUUUUCCUUUUGCACAUCUUCCUGAGUUGAAUGUCCACGUGAAACGGGGCCAUGAAGUAUAAAGGUCCCUGAUAAAAGUUUUGUUUACUGGGGUGAACAUCUUUCCAGUAACCAGGUAGUCCUGGUACUCCUUUAGUUUUAAAAUUAGGAGUGAAAAGAGAAGAGGUGAUAAACAUAGUAGGGAAGGGAAAUUUGGAUUCAUGCAUCAGUUUAUGGUGAAUCCAAAUCAAUGUCUUGAAUCCUUUGAAAACAGGGACAUCAUAGGCUUCAGUACCUGACCAGUAUUAGUUGCAUACAUCAUUGGACACAUAUACCAGAGAUGUUUUAGAAAUGUCAGAAAAACAUCCUUUGGAUCAUUUGAAAUAAGAAAGACAAACACUAAAUAAUACAACCAUGAAAUUGAUCACCAGGAUUGUGAAUCUAAUUGGGAAAAGAAGAGCAAACAGCUUGGACUGUUUGGAGUUGUUGCCUUACUUUUUAAUAUGUAUUUAUAAAGUAUUCCAGCAAAAGAGGAUGUAGCCUCUGGGAAAAAACAAACAUGUUACAGUGUUUUUUGUAGAUUCUCGUUCUAUAUCUCAUCACAGCGCCAGCCCUGUUUUUAGCCAGAAAGGAUUCAGGAUAAACAUUAUUAUGCAUUCUGAAUUGGAUGCGUAUUCCUAACUACUGUAUUUGUUACCAAAAGUGGUUCUACAAAUGCUACUGAAAAAAAAAAUCUGGAAAUUCCUAAUGUCCUGAGUAUUAAUAAUAAAGUUUAAAAAUGCUUUUAUAUCAAAGGUGCAUCGUGACCAAAUUGUUUAAGAAAAAAAAAGAAAAAACAAAAUCUAGGGCUGUAUUAUAGAUAUAUCUUAUUGGCUCUCUGUAUUUAAAAGAGGAAUAUUACAUCUUGGGUAGGUAAACUGCUGAUAAGUUUGUGUACAGUAUGUACGUACCUGAUGCAGUUGCAUUUUUAUGUACUGAAAGAUAUGUGUUUGGGGAUUUACUUGCAGGAUACUUUUGCUUGUUGUGGACAUGGCAGAGUGAGUUGAUAAUCCUAACCACAACUUCCAGCAGUAUUCAUGGUAUAGAGCCAAUUCUGUGUUCAUGUAUUGAAUUGUGAUAGUAGCAAACAUGAACAUAUGAACUGUUAUUGCUCUUCAUAGAAAUACAAUAUAAAUAUGGGCUUGUAUAUUUUCUUCCUUCCAUUUAAAUAUAAAGUAGAAUUAGCAGUUUUAUUAUUUUGAAGAAAAAGGAAAAAAAAAAGCCACUGACCUUAUUCCCCCAUGAAGUGUUUCAGGAUUAUCAGGUCACAGUGUAUAUGUAAAAGUCAGCUAAUUAUGGAUACUGUCAUCUUGGUCACUUUGUAGAAAAAAAGAAACAAAAACACAACCUGGCAUUGUUGAUUCC